AUGGCCAGCAGUGAAACCUUAGAUGAGUUAAAGCAAGCUAUCUCCUCCAAAAUCUCGGAGCUCGAAGUUCUUACUCGGGCUGCGGGAGAUGCUGCAGUUAGUGAUCACUUGAAGCAAAUAUCAGCAUCAAAAAAUCAGCUCUUAUCUCUACAUCGAGCCCUCGUCAAAAACCUUAAAAAACCAUCCAAAUCGGAUCCCUCAAUUUCCGAGCGACGAACCUGGUUUUCGAACUUCAUUUCAUGCAGCGGAAAUAAGCUUUCUCAGAAUGAGGUAGAAGACCUCACAGCCAUCACAAAGCAUUGGGCUCUUGGUGAUACCAGAUGUCUUAAGGCUUGUGCGGAACUCUGGGCUAUACGCCCACAUUUGUUUUGUGACGGAGAAACACCGGAUAAAGAUGUUGUUCGACGGUGCUACAAUGAUCUAGAACGCAUGGAGGAUCUUGAUCCAACAAGACGCAAGGCAUUACUCGUGACACUAUCUCGAAAAGUCUACGAGAGACAGGAACAACUUUGUUCUAGUCCAAGAGCGCGAAAACGUUGCAGGAAAACACAGAGUGAUCAUGAUAGUCGAAGUUCCACUUUUCUAACUUCUGCAUUAGGCGACAUCUGCUCACAGCUGUGGGACGACCCAAAGAAAAUCCAAGAUAUAAGGAGAAAAAGACUUGCGCGUUACUCAUUAUUUGGAUGGAAGUGGAAUAGGCUGACACAUGCGGAACUAAUACUCUCAUUCACGCAAGCAUCAGCGAAAAGAUUCGAGCUACACAGAUGGACACCUUCCAAGAUCGAAGCGCUGAAUGCAUAUACUGAAACGUUGCCACAAUUUGCGAUCCGUGAUACAUUGCACAAGGCUUGGACCAAAAUCCUGGAUCAUUAUGAGGGCAAACCCACUUUACAUCAAACAGCAAACCCCAGUUCUCCGGUCAGUGUCGAGUCAGCAAUGCAACAAACAUCGCUAUUGUCGAACGAUCCGGUCAGUACCUCCGUCGGCUUGAAUCUCGCGCCCUUCGAGGAUAUAUUUGCUUCAGCCAACCCCUGGUUGUUUCUCCGCACUGAUACAGGCGGUGGGGAGAGUGCUAACGAUAAUUCCGAACGUACUUUGUCAGUCGACGACAUAAUCGCUUCAGCCGAACCCUGGGUUCUUCUCCAUGGCGCUGACGGGAACGUAACUGGUCCUACCCUAGCUUCAGCUCCAGCUGGGCCUCAAAACCUCGGAACAACACAUACAGACAAUCAUGAUGAUUAUCCGUGUGUUUCAUCUGGAUCAAGUACAUCGAAAACAUAUGCGGCACUGGAACAGUCCAUUGAAGCGGCGUCAGAGGCUUAA